GGUGUUACUCCGGCUUCUUCUAUUACUUAGACCUCGUAAGGAUGGUGACGACAGCUUUGGUAUCUGGUCUGAUACAGUGAUGAAAGACAAUAGGUCCUCGUCCGUUCAGAAUAGCGUCUGAGAGCUACUGUGAUACCAGGUGUUGUGGAAAGCUUCAAAGAAUACACAAUCCAUUCACCAGCUAUACCCAGGGAGCUUUUCUUUGUCUCGAGUUACCUGUCUUUAGUUUAUCUAUGCCAUUCAUGAAUUGACCUUGCCUUGGAAACACGAACACUGAAGCCUUGUUCUGAAAUCUUUGUGAAUCUUUACAAUCCCAUUAUGUCUUUAACCAAAUGCAAAGAGACGGGAGAGCUCACAGCGUAUAUAAAUAGAGCGCAUAAGAUCGAAGACAGAAGAGGUCUUAUUAGUUUUAUUAGUUUUACAUUUCUCAAUAGCUUAUCACCCUUCCUAGUACAUACUGCUACGAGCCCAACAUUGAGUCACCAUGAGUCCGCGCUAUACGCCAACGAGUCCGUCUUUCUCAUAUGGCUAUACACCAAUGAGUCCGACAUACCGGCCAACGAGUCCUAUUAGUUGCCAGAGCUAUGCGCCAGUGAGUCUGCCCUACUUUGCCCCCUCUGAUGCCCUUCCAGAGCCUCUCCCUACCCUUGAGCAAGUGCUCUCUUGCCAAGAUUUUCUCGCACAUCCAAAUGCCUAUUUAUAUAAGCGGGUGUCGAUAGUUCGCAUCGGCAAGUUCGUUGCGAAAUACGGCAAGGAUGUAAGGAGCGUUGAAGGUGAGACAAUGUUACUUGUAAAGUCCACUACCGCGGUCCCUGUGCCAGAGGUCUACGCUAUAUAUACGUUUGGCGAAGACGACGAGAUGACCAUGCUCAUCACAGAGUUUGUUGAGGGGCUUCCCCUUGGGGAUUAUCUCGAGUCCAUGACCGUGGAGCAAGUAGACAAUAUUCAGAAACAGCUGACUGCUCAGAUGGACAUUUUGCGGUGCAUUCCCGCGCAGGGCUAUUACGGUGCUAUUGGCCGGCGACCAUUUAUAGACCCAUAUUCGUCAGAGGAGUACGGUCCCUAUGACGAGUACACGGAUUUUAACACGGCAUGGUUUGGCAUCUAUUUCCCUCACAACGAUACUAAGCGUUUUACUGACAUUAAAAAGUUCUUCACGAUAAGCUUCGAGUGCAUCGCUACAGCGAAACGGCACACUUAUCCGGUCUUCACCCACGGAGACCUUCAUGAAGAAAACAUCAUUGUUCGGUCGUGUGGGACGCCGGUAAUCAUUGAUUAUGAAACCGCUGGUUUCUAUCCUGCAUACCACGAAAGACUUGUGAUGCAGAAUAAUAGAUGCCCGCUUGACAUCCUGAGUGAAGAGUUUUCAGAUGAGUGUGAGAUGGAGAUAGAUGCUCGCAACGCAUGGAACAAAGCUGAGCGAGAGCGGGAGUCCGAUGAUUUCAUAAACUUGGAUUAUUAGAAGGCGAGUAUCGACCGAGAUAGAGCAUUGCUAGUACUUAGCUUCAUGUAAUAGUAUAUAUACAAAGAACCACGAAUUGUCAUAAGUAAAUUGUUCACUUUGAAAACUAUGAGUCCCUUAUAACGACCGUCUUGACUUUAUAGAUAUUGGUAUUAACUUCCGGCAGUAACGAACCAAAUCCCUCUAAGAGAUGAUUU